AUGGAGAAAACCAACCGAUCCAAGCAAAUUUCGAUUGUCCCGAAAAAUGCGUACGGCCUGCGGACGGACAUCCUCGGCAAUGUGCACUUUACGCUGAAGCAGGAAAUCAUCUAUCCGGUGGCUGGAGUGUUGGCCAUCCAUGACUAUACGACGAAUAAGCAAAAGUUUUUAAGAUUCCCGCAAAAUUGUCACCCAGAAAGAAUCGUCAUCAGCCCCAACCGGAAGUUUAUUGCCGUCGCAGAAAGAACGAACGAUAACAAAUCGAUGGUCAACAUCUACGAGAUCGAAACGUUACGGAAACGGAAAACUCUGCAGCUUCCCCCGGACUGUCCCAAUACGCAAAUCGGUAACAUCUGCUUCACGCAUGACUCCCGCGGAGUGGCGGUCCUGUCGGUCGAACCGGACGCGUUCCUCUCGAUCUUCUCGUUCGACAAGAACGACUCGCUCAUCAUUGGCCGUGCGUCGAACUCGAGCCAGCAGGGGCAAGCCAUCUAUUUGUCCUGCAACCCAAACGAUGCCACGAUCGUCGCCGUCGGCGGUUUCUACAUGCUGAAGAUAAUGAACCGCACCGACAAGGGUUUCGGUCAGAUUGGCACGAUCAAGGGUGACGAUCUGCUGAUCACGUCCAUGACCUGGCUGUCGUCGGAGGUGCUGGCGGCCGGGACGGCCGAAACCGAGAUCAUCUUUGUGGAGUCGGGCGAGCUGAAGAUCAAGCAGCGGGCGGACGAGAUCGAAACGGUCGAUCUGUCCGGCGAGGGCGACCCGAACCUGGUGACCACUCCGGCGGAAGUUGCAGGGCUGAAGCACGAUCACCAUGAUGUCCUGUGUUUGACGCAGUUCGAGAAGGGUUUUCUGUACGCGAUCCACAACGUGGUGCACGUGUUCGAGCGGGAGACGAACUACAACUUUCGCAAAAAGUCCAUCAUCCGCAUCCCGAUCACGCUGUACGAGGAGCAGCUGUACAAGAUCGAGAACGUGGCGGUAAACCACGAACAGGACACGAUCGUCGUAGCGACGAAGCAUUCGCAGCUGUACAUUGGCAUGCUGAUCGUGCCGGAGACGCUCAAGAUCAGCGAGCUGGUUUUUCAGCAUCUCGGAGAACCGUUGCACAUCAGUGGGAUCAUUGGGAUGGCCGUUUGCUCAUGGAAACCAAUCGUCAUGACUGCAUCUCGUGACUUAACGAUCCGCGUGUGGAACUACGAAACGAUGAAGGUGGAACUGGUUAAAAAGUACCAGAUUGAGAUCGGUGUAAUCGCCCUCCAUCCAUCCGGCUUCUUCGCUGCCGUUGGCUUUAUCGAUCUGCUCCGUCUGCUUCAAAUUCAACUGGACGAUCUGAAGGAAACUAAAAGCUUCAAUCUGGCCAACUGCACGCAGCUACAAUUUUCGAACCAGGGCCACCUGCUGGCCGCUGCUCACGGCAAAUCGAUCACGCUCAUCUGCAUCUUCACGUUUGAGAUUGUGCAGACGCUCCGCGGGCACAACGGUGCCAUCCUUAGCCUGUCCUGGUCGACGGACGAUGCGAUCCUCGCGUCCGGUGGGAACGAUGGUGCAAUUUACAAGUGGAAUGUGGUGACGGGCGAGCGAUUGGAAGAGGUCGUACAGAAGGGCAUCCAUUAUCGUUCCCUGGCGCUAACUGCCGAUGCACAUUCCGUGUAUUCCAUCACCAAUACGGGACUGAUCCGGGAGGUUGCCAAGUCGGAUAUUGCACGCGAGUUUAAAAUCCCCGAACUAACCCCGCUCACCGAUAUGGCCCUGGCUCGAUCCGAUGCGAUCCUCUUCGUGGGCAGCGUGAAAGGCCAUCUGUACAACGUGCAGGUCCCGCUGGUCGACACGAGCAGUGGCAACUGUACGAACUUUCGGUUCUUCAACACAAAGGUGACUAAAAUAUGCAUCACGUACGACGACUGCACCCUUAUCACGGCCGCCGACGAUGGCACGCUGAUCGUGUGGCACAUUCUGAACAACGAGGGCAAAACGGCACGCCACGCCCCGGAGCUGGGACGCUGCUCGGACGUACUGAUCGCGCGGCAGGAACUGAUCGAGAAGAACGACUCGAUCAGCACGCUGGAGAUGCGCAUCCAGCAGCAGAGCAUGGAGUUUCAGUACAAAAUGAAGCAGGGUGAUGCGUUUCACUCGGAGCAGAUGCGUGACAUCCACAAGGACUAUUGUGCUGCGAUCGAGAACCUUAAGAAAAAGAACAUCGAAAUGGAGCAAGCGCACACGGAGGAGUUCAAUUUGAUCACGGCCAGCAUUGCCCAGGCCAAGGAGGAGCACCAAAAGGAAAUGAUGGACUUUGAGGCGCAGUUCCACGAGAAGAUCAUCCUGGAGUACGACAAGCUGUCGAGCAUGAAGAGCAAGAUGGACUCGAUGCGGGAAGAGUACGAGGUGAAGCUGCGCCGUUCGGCCGGCUGCUUGCAGGAUACCAUCGAAUCGAUGGAAGCGGAUCAGAAAAAGAUGCUGAGUGAAAAGCAGGAAAUCAUCGACAACAUGCUCAAGGAUAUGGAUCGAAAGCGAGCCGAGUUCGACGAGUAUUGCCGCCAGGUGGACGUCGACAACGACCGGCACAAGGUGGAGCUGCAGCUGCAGUACGAGAAGAAGCUCCAGGAGGAGGAGGAAAAUUCAAUCAAGUGGCGCGGUGAGGCGGGUGUGCUGAAGAAAAAGUUCUCCACAUUGAGCCGCGAAGCCGAGGCGUACCGGAAGGAGAUUGAAACGAUGCAGGCGCAGCAUGGCAAGUUUCAGCAAAGCAUUCGCCAGCACCAGCGCGACAUCGAGGCACUGCGCAGGGAGGUGGCCGAACGCGACGGAACCGUUCGGGACCGGGACCGGAAACUGUUUGAGCUGGGCAAAAAGACGGCCGAGCUGGACAAGUACAAGCAGGUCCUGUCGAUGAAGAUCACCGAACUGCGGGCCCAGAUCGAGCCGAAGGAUCGCGAGAUCAAGGAGCGGAAGGAGUUCAUCCUCGAGAUGGAGAAAAAGCUGGACGAACUGCAGCAGCACAACAAGCAGUACGAGCUGCAGCUUCAGGAACUGCGCGACAAGUACUACGGCAUCGAUCUGGAGCUGCGUCGGGAGCGUAAUAAAUUCCGCAACGCCAAGGCACAGUAUCAGCGGGUUUGCGGUGAAAUCUACAACGUCUCCGGAUUGAUCCAGCGACCGGAGGAGCUAAAGCGCUGCGUCAAGGAACUCUGCCACCGGUACGGCGACGACAAGGAGCUGCAGAAAUCGCUCGCCCUCGACGAGGACGUGCAGAACGAGUUCCUCCGGCAGCGCGAAUACCUCGAGCGGAUGACGAAGAGUGCCAAACAGAAGGCCAUCGGACAGCGGAAGGACGCCGGCGAGUCUCUGAAGCUGAUGAAGGAAAACAUGGAGCUGCUGGCGGAGUUGAACAAACUGCGCGAGCUGUUGAACGAAAAGCAACGGGCCUGCACCCGGAUGGAAGCGCUGUUGGGACUGUCCAGCAAAGCGAUCUCACCGCGUGAGGCGAAAGAAAAGUUGGAAAAAGCCGUUGCGGAUCGUGACGCAAUCGAGCAGCAACACAGGGAGCAGGUGGCAAAAUUGGAGGAACUGAUCCGGACACUUUCGAGCGAAAACCAAACGUUGCGGGCGGAACUGGUGGCCCAAAACACGCGCCCAAAACUUCCUCCAGCGGCCGCUGGUGCUGGCGGCAAGUAGGCGAUCGAUGAUCGCGAACACUUUUAUAGGAAAAAAACAGGACACACUUUCUUUCACCGGCAAAAGGCGUUGUUGGUGGGAAAAUCUUUUUAG